GUGAGCAGAACAAUCCAGAGCUAGAACUUGCCGCCGUAUCAGUGUCUCACUCCUAUUAGCCCAGAUGAUAAACCUUCUCCAUUUCUCUCUCUAAACCCAAAACCCAAACUCCAAUGGCUUCCAUAUCGGCCGACCUAGCCGCCACCCUUCUCUCCCUAACUUCCCGUCACUCCACCCGGGUCGGAGCCCCGGCCCUAUUCCCUCUCACAUGGAGACCCCGCACUUCCCCACUGUCUCAUACCCUCUGCUACUCCACUUCAACUUCCUCGUUUCGCCAGAGACUCGUCUCCAGCCCUAAGCGGGGCUCGAGGAGGUUCACUGUGGCCGCCACAACUGCCACGCCGCCGCAGAGUGACAGCUCCGACGUUUUGACCCAGAUUCCUCCGGAUAAUCGUAUCCCGGCGACGAUUAUUACCGGCUUCUUGGGCUCCGGAAAGACUACAUUGCUUAAUCAUAUAUUGACUGCCGACCACGGGAAGCGAAUUGCAGUGAUUGAAAAUGAGUAUGGUGAAGUAGACAUUGAUGGUUCUUUGGUGGCUGCGAAAUCCGCUGGGGCCGAAGAUAUUGUUAUGCUGAAUAAUGGGUGCCUUUGCUGCACUGUGAGGGGUGAUCUUGUGCGGAUGAUUUCAGACUUGGUUAAUAAGAAGAAAGGGAGGUUUGAUCAUAUUGUGAUAGAGACUACAGGAUUGGCAAAUCCAGCGCCGAUAAUUCAAACAUUUUAUGCGGAAGAUCAGGUUUUUAAUGAUGUCAAAUUGGACGGUGUUGUCACGUUAGUUGAUGCUAAACAUGCUCGACUUCAUCUGGAUGAAGUCAAGCCAGAAGGAGUUGUUAAUGAGGCAGUAGAGCAGAUUGCUUAUGCUGAUCGUAUCAUUGUAAAUAAGACUGAUCUUGUUGGCGAGCCAGAUAUUGCUUCUUUGGUGCAGCGAAUAAGGAACAUCAAUGGCAUGGCUCAACUGAAGCGUACAGAGUUUGGAAAAGUUAACCUGGAUUAUGUGCUUGGCAUUGGAGGAUUUGAUUUGGAGAGGAUAGAGAGUGCUAUUGAUGCGGAAGGUGAGAAGGAAGAUCAUGACCACGAUCACCAUGACCAUGAUGACCAUCACCACGAUCAUCACCACCAUCAUGAUGAAGAACAUGAUCACAAACAUGAACAUCAUGAUGGUCACCACUCCCAUGAUCAUGUUCAUGAUCCUGGUGUUUCUUCUGUCAGUAUUGUUUGUGAAGGGAACUUGGAUCUUGAGAAGGCCAACAUGUGGCUUGGCACACUGUUGUUGGACCGGAGUGAGGACAUAUAUCGGAUGAAAGGUCUUCUAUCUGUUCGGGGUAUGGAUGAGAGAUUUGUCUUCCAGGGAGUUCAUGAUAUAUUCCAAGGUUCUCCGGAUCGGUUGUGGGGCCCCAACGAGCCAAGGACAAAUAAGAUUGUUUUUAUAGGGAAAAACUUGGAUGCACAGGAGUUGGAAAAGGGUUUUAGAGGCUGUUUACUAUGAGUGCCAACAAAAUUCUCUUAAUUGUUUCUCUCUCUUGUCUAUUGAACACUGAAUAAGGGAUAAAGAACAUUAUUACUGUACAUGUAGUGUCCGCGAUAAAAGUGAAUGAGAAUUAAUUUGAUC